GUGGCUUUUUAGUCAACGCUACACAGGAGGAUCAUUUCGAGUCUUCUUGUCACGCCUUAAAAAAAUAAAAUUGCAGGUAUAUUAGGUGGGUGAAGAAGGACAGGAUUGCAGGGUAACACAACUGAGAUAGACUGAGAAACUUUGCUUGCCGCAAAGCUUUAGGUUCGAGAAUGGCAGGAGAGGGUGUGAAGUUGCUGGGAUAUUGGGCAAGCCCUUAUGCACUCAGGGUUAGGUCGGCAUUGAAACUCAAAGCCAUUGAAUAUGAGUACCAAGAAGAAGAUCUUGAAAACAAGAGCCCCCUGCUCUUGCAGGGUAAUCCUGUUUAUAAGAAGGUUCCAGUUCUGCUGCACAACGGGAAAUCAAUAUCAGAAUCCCUCGUAAUACUCGAGUAUAUCGAUGAAGUUUGGAAGCAUAAUCCACUCCUCCCUGAAGAUCCUUAUGAAAGGGUUAGAUCGCGCUUUUGGGCCAAAUUUGUUGAUGAGAAGUGUGUGCCUGCACUGGUAGGAAUAAUUACCAAAGUCGGGGAGGAGCUGGAAAAGAGUGCAAGAGAAGCUCGUGAACUUCUGAAGACCCUAGAAAGUGGACUGGAUGGGAAACGCUGUUUUGGAGGCACGAAGAUAGGUUUUGCAGAUGUUGCUAUUGCCUGGGUUGCAUACUGGGUUAGAAUGGAGCAGGAAGCUUUUAAGAUACAACUCAUUGAUCAGGAAAAUAUGCCUUUGCUCGCUGCAUGGAUUGAUUACGUCCUUGAAGAUCCAGUCAUGAAAGAAUUUAUGCCACCUUACGACAAACUGGUCAAGCACACGAGAGGUUUGCGUGAGAAGUUGACAGCAGUUGUGUCAAAUUGAUGUGUAACACUGUCAAUUCAAUUCACGAGUUCCUGCAAAUGAUUUGUAUAAGUCUACUGCUAGAUCAACGAUGCAUCAGCUAUAGCAGAAUAAAAGACUCAUAAUGAGAAACAGGCAGUUGUGUGCUAGCAGAUAAGUAAACCAUAUGUGUUAUGAGAUGUUAUUCAGAAUUAUUGGCCCCAUCAACUUUGGAUAUUAUGUGGCA